AAUGACAGCUAGCCUGUCGCCCUUAGCCAGUCCGAUAAAAGGGGCGUUUUUUGCUCGGAGUCGAGCACAACAGAAGCACCAUUCGUCCGAAAGCUGAUUCAAUAUUGGAAGUGAAAAAUUGUGAUUUAACAAGUGUCGGUCUUUGCAUUUCCAUUGAAUAGUUCGCUAGACGUGCAAUCUCCGUGAAAAUGGUGCUCGGAAGGAACGAUACCGUAGAUAACUGAAACGAAACGGAUUGUGGGAUCCGGUCGUCGCCAUCAUGAGCCUGGAUGGAUGCCGUCCUUGAGAAGAAAGUCCAGCUACUGUGCGUGUUGUAAGCUAGAGAAACACCCCCGCCAAGACCAGGACCAGCCCACCCAGAACACCGGACGACGAUGCGGAUAAUCUACUGGCUGGGAGUGUUCGGGACCGUGAUCGGGGCCACCGCACUCUAUUGGCCCCCGUUCGUAUACAUUUUUCUGUUCGUGCUCUACUCGGUCAUUCUGAUAGCUCUGGCCAUCUUCGGCACCAUCUACGUCCACUAUAAGCUAACGACCAAGGAGUCCCGCCCGUACACCCGCGAAGACCUACCCACCAAUGUCCUCUACAACGCUACCAAGUCACAACUUUUCGAUUCUCCAUCACCUCCCAAAUCCGGCACCAACCUACCGAUCAUCUUCGGACGAACCGUCGAUGGCCUACUGCAGCAGAUCAUCGGGAACGCCAUGCGCGAUAUCGUCAGCCCAGCCCUGGAGGAAAUCGUGGCCAAUCCACGGCGGAUCAUCGAUCUGCUGAAGGAAGACAUCUGGCUGGGAAUCGAUAAGCUGCAUGAGCGAGCGUCCCGAAUCGAUGCCCCCAAAAUGAUCGCCGUUGAUUUCGUUCUGAAGGCUACGGUGCACUUGGAGAAGAUACGGAUCGCUCAGGCAAGGGCCGCCGAGAUGGGAACGGAUCCGGUGUUUGGGACGUCUUCCUAUCUGGCGACACAAGAAAAGGAGCUGGAAUUUUUGAAGAAGAUUUGCGAGAUCCUGAUCAUAUUUUUGCUACCCCGAGGGUACUCGCUAUCGCCGAUCAAGGAUUUGCUGAGCGAGGUGGUAUCGUAUAAGGUGCUGUUUCCGGUGAUCAGGCUGGUGACCUCGCCGGAUUUUAUCAACCAACAAAUUGUGGAGUGCAUCGAGACGAAGCUGGUGGCGGUGGCGAUUCACAAGAGAAGCUACGAGUAUGCGGCAAACUUUGAGGAUUUCUUGAAGGUGAUCAACGGAAGCGCAACGAUGGACGAACUGCACUCGAUCCGGGGAAGCAUCGUGAGCGACAUCAUGCAGGCGACGACGAUGCAAAAUCUGCAGAGGACGAGGGGCUUCGACAGCGAAAUGUUCGUUGGGAAGAGUGCUAGUGGUAAUAACUCCGGUGACUCGGAGAGCAAUCCAUCGCGAGCGGAGAUUACGGCAUCAUUGAAGUUGAAGAAGUACAUUCAACAACUGUCAUUCGCAAAGAGCCAAUGCGAAAAAUGUCUGUCCAAACUUGGAUGGGACGGGAACGUGAGCAACGAGAUUGAUCUCUCCAUACUGGACAUUCUCUCCACCGUUGCCGGCAGAAGACACUUUAUGGUCUUCCUCGAACCACUGAAGGCUUCUUCACUGGUAGGAUUUUACACGACCGUUGAAGAGCUGAAACACGCUCCAAAGAGCUCGUGGCAUCAACUGGGGGCAGAGAUCUUCUAUACUUACAUACGAUGCCCUAACUCGGAGAUUCCUGUAGAUAAAGCCACUCGAAAGAAAAUGGAGUCGUUCUUGGUGGGAGACAGUGGAACUGACGUCUUCUUCGAAGUUCAACGCGACUGUUUGAUAACGUUGGAAGAAAAGUACUACCAGCCGUUUUUGCUUAGUGAGGAAUAUACCAAACUGAAGAGCUCGCUGACUCAGGAAGACUUCAAAGAAAUCACCUUGAGCACAUAUCUGUCUUCCAGUACGGAAAGUCAAGAUGAGACGGCGUCCAAUGCUUCCUCGGCCAGCGGAGACGUAGAUCCGGUGAUCAUGGAUUUGAGUAACCAUUCUACCUACGCUAGGACAAAGCUGGAACAGUUGGAUGAAAAGUUAUCCAACAAGAAUCAGGCGUUAGAUGCUUUGAAGCAAUCGCUGAAACCUGACUCGAAGCUUCUAUCGAUUCUAGAGAAGGAGAUCGAUUGGUUGAAGGGAGAGAAGCGCCAACUGGAGGCGCAUCUUUUGAGAACCGAAGUUUGGGGUGAAUACCUCGGGAAGUGGCGUGCCAUAGUGGAGAGUGUAGACUUUUCGGACGACAAGGAACCUCAACCACAGUUCAUGAUAGUUGUCCAAGUGGACGAAGUGAAUGACUGUGGUAAAGAGGACGUAGCUACUGCGAUGGACGCCGCCGACAGCAUCUCUACGGGUUGGGUCGUUGUCCGAUCAUUGGCUCAAUUUCACGAUCUGCAUCGUAAGCUUCGACCGAUGUGUUCCGAUCUGAAAACAAUUGAUCUUCCAUCGAACAACGCAUUCAAGUUGUUUCUGUUGAAGAACGACAAAUCUCUACUGGAAAAGUCCAAACAGCAGAUUCAAAAAUAUCUCAACUUCAUCCUGGAGGAUGACCACCUCAACCAAAGCGAAGCACUGUACGAAUUCUUGAGUCCAAGUUCGGAGAAGCUGAAGCAGAGUGCGAAUCCGUCACCGUCCAAGAAGCAGUCCAAGUUUUCGUUGGCAACACUGUUCAAGGCUAACAGCGAAAAGCUUGACCAAUUCUGGGGUCCACACUUCCGGUUGAACACUGCGGAUUUCCCUGACGAUGAUCAGGUAUCCAUGUACUUGGAGGGAUCAGCUGAAAACGGGGCAGCCAAGUCGCAACAGGACCCAGACGCCAAGGACUCAAUUGCUGAACCGCUGUAUUCUCUCCUCGGUGAAAUAUUCGACAUGGGCGGUGUCUUCAAGUGGCUCCGCCGCAGUUUGAUCUCGUUCGUUCAAAUCACCUACGGUCAAACCAUCAAUCGUCAGAUCCGGGAAUCGAUCAACUAUCUCUUCGAAGAACCCAUGCUGCACACCUACGCAUCGGCCGUUCUGAAAACCUAUUGGCCCGGCGGAGUCCUUACCAUAAAAUCCAUGGACCGCUCUGAAGACCAACAGGAAAUGACGAUGAAUGCCGCCAAGUCCCUAUUGCUGGACAACAUUCCCGAUCUGCUGUGCAAUCUCAUCGGUGCUCAGAACGCCCGCAACGGCAUAAUGAAGCUGUUCGACAACGCCCAGAAUCCACUGUACAACAAGCAACUGUUCUACGACAUCUUGGAAAUCCUCAUGCUCGAACUUUUCCCCGAGAUCCGACAGCUGAAGGUCCCACCGAGUGUGACGGCUGUGGCAGUUGUGGGAGGCUCGGCCGUCUCAACUCCAACGCAUGCUGGCCAUGCUCAAACCAUUGGAGGAUCUUCGGCCCAAGCCACCCCGACACGAAUCAUAUCAAGAAAUUGAAACGAUGAUUAAGGCCACUAUGGAAAAAUCCACCGAAAAUGAGAAACUGGAACAAGGAAGCACGCAUUCCCUGAAACGAUUAAUUCCUCAUUGCAAUUCAGUUUGAGGCUUUGUCUCCCAUAUCUGUUUGAACAAUAGUGAGUCCCAAGAUACAUAUAUAUUUGUGAAGAAUUUGUGAAACCCGUACAAUCUAGUCCCCACCCGAAGCGAGUGUUUAUGUGCAACUUAAAGGAUACAAAAAAAACAACUGUUGAUAGCUAGGAUUAUGGCUACACUAUAACUAACUAUGAUAAAAUAUUGGUACUUAACUGUGACUGCUACAUUAUAAUGUAGGGCAUUUUACGAUCUUGAUUUAUCUCAUUAUGUGAAUAAAUUAUUGGAUGAAUAUUCAGGUAGAAAAA